AUGGGGAGAAUUAAGAAGGCGGCAGGCUCAAAGCAUGAGGCUACAAUCUCGCCAUAUCUGUCCGAGUUCAUCAAAUCUGCGACCAAGACCCCUCUCGCUCAGCUUCCAUCACAUCUCAGGACCCUUCCACGAACCUGGCCAUUUCCACGAGGCGACCUCUACCAUUGGAUACCUCUGCUGGAUCGAUUUGACGAUAUCUUAGCUUCUGUGAUUGAACGAUAUGGCUUGAAUCUUGGUCCUCAGGUGACGCCGUUCAGUCGAUACGUCUUACAUGAUGCAGCCGCAGAUCAGGAUGACAAUAUUGAUGAAAUACUCAACGGCCUUGGCUACGGUCCUGAGGGUGAUCGAGAACUUGUCGAGGCUAUUCUAUCCUUUUCACAAUUGCUGCAAGAGAAAUGUGGAAAUCGCAGUCUAUAUAGCAGCAGUGACCGUUUGAACGACCUGUUGAAUACAACAUCAAACAGCCUUUUAAUAACGACCCUUCGACUUGCUCUUUUACUCGCCCAGCGAUACCACGCUCGGCAGCGUAAUGCAAGCGCCACCCACUUUCAGCAGGCUCUACUGGCUGCCCAUUACAAUAUUGAUCUUGAUAAGGUCCAAAAACUCUCGUCACCUUUUCCUAGACCAACUGUAUUUGGAAAGCCGCCAGGUGCACCGACUUCUCCCAUCGUAAAAGCAAAGGAGAAGACUCUCCAGACAAGGCAUGAUGCCAAUGACGCUGUUGUACUGUUGCGGGAAAAAGAUGGAUGGGAAGAAUGGGGGAAUAUCCGUGCUGUAUAUUACCCUGGCGUCUCUGAGCAAGAGAAACAGCCUACGGAAACGCAGUUAAGCGAGCAGUCUCAUCAGUACCAGGCUCCAUCUACCCCUACGCCACUGCGGAGAAGUGCUACCAUGCCAACGCCUCGACUCAGCCGUAUGUCUAGUAACGAAGAGUCUCCUUCAGUGUACGCGGCCACACCAUCUUCUAGACCAGCGGAGUCUACUCGAAGCUCGAAGUUGGUCGAAAUACCCGCAACAGUUGUUGCAGCAAGCCCUCUGGAGACUAUUCUUGGGGCAAAGUUGAGUGAAGUUCCAGCGGAGUCAAGAUACGAUUUCUUACAUCGAGCCCGAGUCGCUCAGUCUUUGGUAAAAUCCGAUGUGACUCGCGAACAGAUCCUAACCAUUCGGAUUCUUGCACUUACCAACCUAGCAUAUCUAUACCCUGAAGCUAUUAUGCAGCAGAGGAUUUUGCAACAAGAUUCAGAUCAGCCAAAGCGGUUACAGAUCACGUACCAGCUUGCCGAGUUGGCUCAUUUGGGUGCUAGUGGAGAUCUCACGGCACUACGAACUACACAGACCGCUGCCUUGUAUGCUUUGGAUGCUCUCACAAAACACAAGUCAAGGUCUGCUGAUGUCUGUGCCGCCUUGAAUGUCAACGUCAACCAUGGAAUCCUAAUGUUCCUGACACGAAAGGCAAUCGCAGAGCUUUCUGCUGACCAGGAUGAUGGUGAGGAAUCUGAUGAAUGUCGAGAUGCUCUACUCCUAUUGCUCCGGACAUUACCAGGCUCAAGUUCAAGAACACCAGAAACUCUGAUCGCUGCUGGCUUGAUUCCUAUGUUUGUGGACGUCCUUAAUCUCCGCACAGAGAAGGCAAGACGUGUCUAUCCACGUGUCCUAGAGUUUCUUGAUACAUUUGUACACGCCGUGCGAGAUGCUCUUGGGACAUUGGCUGAUGCCAAGGGAUUUGAUGCAAUUUCCGAUCUGAUAGGGUUUGAAACCAAGUCUGCCUUCGACAAUGUCAAUCAGGGAAUCGGUAUACCGACCGAGUAUCGCACCCCAUCUGUUGAUUACGACAUUCCGUACUUCCAACAGCAAUCCUUGAGAUGGCUGUUCAGAUUCGUAAAUCAUAUUAUGCAGCAUAAUGGUGGGGGAUUCGAUCGAUUGCUACGCAACCUUGUUGAUUCUCCUCCAUUGCUAACUGCGCUACGCCUCGUCUUCGAAAAUGCGAAGAUCUUCGGUUCCCAUGUCUGGAGUGGGGCGGUUAGCAUCCUGAGCAGCUUCAUACAUAAUGAGCCCACUAGUUAUGCUGUCAUUGCUGAAGCUGGUCUUAGCAAGAGUCUUCUGGAAGCUAUUACUUUGAAAGAGCUGAAAGCCCCUGAAGCCGACGCCACUGUGAUAACUGAGGAGAACGAAUCUGCGAUUCAGCCUGGUGCCUCUUCGUCAACUUCCUCGACCGCUGCAAAUGUUUCCUAUUGCCUCUCUCGAACUCCCGAUCAGCAGCUAGCUCGUGGCAUUAUACCUGCCUCGGAAGCAAUGUCUUGUAUUCCCCAGGCAUUCGGUGCCAUCUGUCUCAAUUCGGCUGGACUGGAGCUGUUUCAAUCUUCGGGUGCCCUAGAAAGCUAUUUUGAAAUAUUUGAGAGCCCCGUGCAUGUUAAAUGUAUGGAUGCCAAUCUAGUCCGCUCCCUAGGAACGACUUUUGAUGAACUCGUCAGGCAUCAUCCGGCCUUGAAGAAGUCUGUCAUGUCGGCCAUCCUUGUGAUGGUAGCCCGCGUUGGUUUGUUGUGUAAAAAGAUGGCUUACAAGGGCGCCGGUGCCAAGUUAUGGACUUCGGAUGGACAGGGAAACUUGACCGUAAUAGGAGGGAAACACAGCUUGUUCGCGGACAUUGGUGAAUCGUUUGAGGAAGCAGUGAAGCGCGAUGGGCAAUUUACUUACCCUGCAUUACACGAAGGAACGCUUCCCAAUGGUGGUACUUUAAAUCUCGGCCAAAUCCCCGACUCAAAUGUGCAAGAUAUCCAAUCUGCUCCCUCGGAUGCAGAUGAGUGGGGACUUACUGCUGCGAACUAUAUCUAUCCAGUCAUGCGUUUCCUGGGGGCAUUCUUUGAGAACCAGGUCAACUGCACAUAUUUCAUUGAAACCGGAGGUGUUGAAUUCAUUCUGGACUUUGCCACUCUGCCCAGCUUGACUUUCGAUUUUCAGAGCCGUCAGGCUAACAAUGAACUAACUCAGUUGGUACACAUGAUGGCUGAAACGAAACCUCAUCUUGUUAUUCCAUCAAUAGUCAAGCGGACCCAAGAUGCUGUUGAUUGUCUUGCCGAUUUCUACAAAGAGCCCAAGCCGGAAGGAUUCUUCACCUCAUUAACGAAGCCCGACCUCGGAGAUGCUAUGGACACUGAGUCAACUGAGAGGGAGAAUAGGCUAGCGAAAGAACGCGGAACCUAUUAUGUGAAGCAUCUGGUCGCCACACAUGUACUGACUGAUAUUCUUCGUGAGAUUUACACAACUCCGAUGUAUCAAACACGCCCUAGCCAACAGACAUCGGCCUUUUCCCAAGUAAACCUAACGGAGCAGUAUACACAUCUCGUUACAACGUUAGGCCAACUUCACGCUGCCUGUGUUUGGGACGAGAUUCUUCUGCAGAAGAACUUGCCGCAACGCUGGAUUGAGGCCACUAAAGUACGCGGUUAUGACUUGGGCAGUGACGAAGCUAACGAUGCGCUUGGAUUGUCUAUCGGUGAUGAUAGGCGCAACCCUUCAUCCAACCUCGAACCCACUCCACCGACUUCGUCCACAGCACCGAUCGCUCCAGAAGACAGGGAAUCUGAUUCUGCACCAGCUGCAUCUGCAGAUGAAGGUGCUCAAUCCGAUGAUGACCGCAAACCUGCGUUCAAGAACUCACAAACCCUUCGCUACCUCCUCAGUUCAUUGCCGACGACGAUCUCGGGAUUCUUUCAUUUGCUUGGACAUGGUAUUCUCGGGAAACGUCGACCUGACACUUAUUCCAGACAGAAUGCGUCAAUGGUGGCUGAUGCCAUCGCUGGAGUUGUGCUUCGCCAACUACAACUGGAAGCCCCGAAUAAGUCUUUGGAUGUCAAGGAUCGCUUUUCGUACCUCAUUGUCAUCUUGUCCGCUUUUACACAAUUAUUGUUUGAAGCACCUGUUGAACGAUCCCAUUCGCACUGCCUGACCGCCAUCUUGUUUGCCUUCAAGAGACAGAAUGGCUUGAACAUGAUGAGAAAUCUAUGUGGGCUGUUCUUACAAGAAAUCAAUACUUUGGCACCCCAGGCUGGAGGAGUUGACGACUCUAAUAAGUCGGCUCGCCUUGCAUCAGCCUAUGGUGGUUUGAAGAUUAUUUUGACAUUCUUCUCGGAGGUCACUUCUGCUAAGGAGUCAAGCCAGACGCAGGCCCUUUUGUCAACGGAGCGUGAGCGAGACCGCCCAGAUUACUUCAGUCCUGGUCAAUUUUUGGUGGAUCUGCGAAUGGAAGUGCUGCCCAUGGUAAGAGAGCUUUGGAGUUCCGACUUCGUCGAUAGAGCUUCGAGUUCUAUUGUGAAGUGUCUAGUUGAAAUUCUCCGCUCUAUUCUUGACGGUGAACAUGAGAAUGGAGCUGUCCUUCAGAAGAUCAACGGCCAUCAAUUCUAUUCAGAGUAUCCGAAAAAGGAGUUUUUCCUCAACCAAGAGCGGCUGAAUACGCUGGUUGAAAGAGGAUACAACCUGGAAUUAGCACACGAGGCUCUUUACCGAUGCAACAAUGUACUGGCAACUUCAGAUGAGUACUGCCAUGCCCAGUCUUGGUUACGACGACCACCAAGACUACAACCAGAGUUUGACCUCGAGUCGACUAGGAGAACGAACGCAAGUGCAGAGGAAGCACCAGUAGCUGAAGCACCUUCUAAUUUGUCGGUAACGGAUACCAAUUAUGCUCUAGCCAGAAUUAUCCGUGAAGGACCGCCUCGCUUAGUACAAGGUGAUGGUGGUUCCAACAACAAUUUGGAUCCUGAUGCCGGUAGCAAUGCCGAAUUUCUUACACGAGCACUAAGUCGAUAUUUCGGUGAUCCAGAAGCUUUACUAAACGAGUCUCAAAAUGAUAACUCGUCACGAAUGCACCGUCGCGCCCCAAGUGAGUCCGUGGGUCAGUCAACAGAGCUGCGCAGGCGUGAGAUCACUACAAUUGAAGAUCUUGAUGCGGAACGGGAUAAGGUCCGAAAGAAUAUGAUAGAACGCUGCCUUGACGUUCUUAAUGUUCACCACGAUGUCACUUUCGAAUUAGCGGAUCUUAUUGCAUCGGCAACGAAGAAACAUCGGGAUCCAGAGGGAUUCAGAAAGGAAGUCGGUGAAACUUUGGUGCAAUCACUGAUUUCACUACAAAUCGAUGAUAAUGUCCAGCCUUCUGGUAAGAAGAUUGCGGCUUAUGCCAAUCUAUUGGCACUUGUUCUUCAGGACAGAGCUAUCUACAAUGCAACGUUAGAUGAACUGAAACAGUGCUUCAUGACUCUGCUUGGAUUUAUAAAGAUUCCUAUCUCCGAUAAGGCAGCAGAAGAAUCUUCACCAUGGGUUGGGCAAGUUCUGCUAGUCAUCGAGAAGCUACUUUCGGACGACGCUCAGCCGCCUCAAAUUCAGUGGAACUCCCCCUCGACACUCGACGAGCCUAUUGAUGCCGGACCAGCUUAUCUCAAGCCACCUCUGCUAUCCACCGAUGAGAAAGUGCAAUUAUUUGAAUCCUUACUUGACGUCUUACCUAGGGUCGGAAAGGAUGAGUCUCUCGCGUUAUCGGUGUGUCGAAUCCUUGUCAUUCUCACAAGAGCUAGGCACAUCGCAGUUCGCAUGGGUGAGAAACGUAAUCUUCAACGCCUCUUUGUCAUGUUGAAACAAUUAUCGAGUUCUUCCAACGAUAAGCUGCAAGGUGCUUUCAUGCUGAUAUUGCGCCACAUUGUUGAGGAUGAUGACACUGUCCGACAAAUUAUGCGAAGCGAGAUAACUGCUAGUUUUGAAUCUAGGUCUUCGAGGCAGACAGAUACGACUGCUUAUGUGCGACAAAUGUACCAUCUGGUUUUGAGAUCUCCCGAGCUUUUUGUUGAAGUGACGAACGAGAUCCUCAAAAUCCAACGUUUCGAACCAAGCCAGAAACCUCAGAACCUGGCUUUGAAAGCCACCAAAACCGAAACAGCACCGGAGAGCAAAGAUGCUGUAGACGAAGCUGUGGAUACUGUUGAAGAAAAAGAACCCACGGAGCCGAAAGAUAAGGGCAAAGUGGUCGAGCUAAAGCCUCCAGUAGUUGAGCAUCCGGAUGGUGUGAUUCACUAUUUAUUGUCUGAACUACUGUCCUAUCGUGAUGUGGAAGACAAAGAUUCCGCCUCAGAGGCUGUCGAAGGAUCUACUGCGAAUGUUCCAGAGCCACAGAAUGAGCCUGAAAUGUCUGUCGCUGAAACAUCGCCAUCGUCCUCAAUUGCCGAUCUCGGUGCUGCUCGAGAUUCUAAGAAGCAAGAAAAGCCAGCAUUCAAAGCAGAUGACCAUCCCAUCUACAUUUAUCGAUGCUUCCUUCUUCAAUGUUUGACUGAGCUGCUCUCCUCGUACAAUCGAACGAAAGUGGAAUUCAUCAAUUAUUCCCGCAAAGCUGACCCCAUGGCAACUACUCCUUCUAAACCUCGUGGAGGGGUAUUGAACUACCUACUCAACACAUUAGUGCCUACAGGGACAUUGGAGCAUGACGAAUCAGUGGCAUUCAAAAAACGCAGCAACACAUCUUCUUGUGCCAUGCGAGUGCUCGUGGCAUUGUGCACUAAGACAGGCGAAUUCGGUGGAAAUACUAGACGGCGAAAUGUUGAAGACGAGGAAGAAGAGCCUGAGUUGCUUUUUGUUCGUAGGUUUACUCUUGAACACGCUCUGAAAGCAUACAAAGACGCCAUGUCUUCCACUGAGGCACUCGACAUGAAGUACUCGCGAUUGAUGUGCCUAGCGGACCUUUUUGAUAAAAUGCUCAGCGGCUAUACUUUUGCUAGUGGUGACACGACAUUCCCAUCGUCUACAAGACAACUCGCCAAGACAAUGUUCGAAAAGCAUUUCAUAUCGUCGUUGACAGCUUCAAUUGCUGAUGUUGAUCUUAACUUCCCCGCUUCAAAACGGGUCAUCAAGUACAUCCUUCGGCCUCUGAACAAACUGACACAAACUGCUGUCAUACUGAGUGAAACCUCAAGUAUCUCCACUCUGGGUGAGACCGAAGAGUAUGAAAUAUCGUCAGCAACUUCUGUCUCAGAUAUGGACGAUGAUCGAGAAGAAACUCCGGAUCUCUUCCGCCAUUCAACUCUAGGCAUGUUGGAGCCCAACCAUGAAGAAGAUACCAGCGAGGAGGAAUCUGAAGAAGAUGAUGAGAUGUACGAUGAUGAGUAUGGUGAUGAAAUGGAUUACGACGAAGAUAUGCCUGAAGAUGAUGGCGAGGUUGUUAGUGAUGAAGAUGAGGAUCUUGAUGGUCGGGGUCCUAUUGAGGGCUUGCCAGGAGACACAGGCAUGGAUAUUGAGGUUCUUCUCGAUGAAGACGAAGAUGAUGACAGUGAUGAAGACGACGAAGACGACGAUGAUUCAGACAUGGAUGAUGAUGAAGAUGAUGAGAUCAUGGCGGGGGAGAUUACUGGCGAUCGCGAUAAUGACAGCUUAGCGGGCGAUGAAGAUGAUGAAUGGGAAAGCGAAGACAUGUCAGAGGACAAUGAGGAGGCAGCGGAAAUGCUCAAUCAGCUUGAGAGUGAGUUUGGUGACUUGAGACAGGUCGAUCCUCAUGGUGAUGGAUCGCGAUUUGAAAACCUCUUCCGUGUUAUCCACGAAGCCGCAGGUGCCAUGGACGAUUUCCCAACGAACAGCAUGGGAGGUGAUCCACAAGAGGACUUGGUCGUCGAUGGAAUGAAUGAAGAAGAGGAUGAAGAGGAAGAAGAUGAGGUCGAUGAAUUGGAUGAAGGAAUGGAUGAUAUGGACGACGAUCAACUCUCUUACGAUGAAGACAUUGAUGAUGAGGACAUGGAACCUUGGGGUUGGGAUGGCGAGGAACCACCAACUUCUCGCCAACAUCAUCACCACCAUCAUCGCCAUGUACGUGGAGCACCAGCUUGGACAAGCUUUCCUAGUGGCUUCAAUCGCAAUGGAAUCAUUCCCAUCCCUCCUUAUCGUUCUCAACGUUCUCAAAUGACUUCUCGCAACACUGACGAUGGCACAAAUCCGCUUCUCAUCCGUACCGAUCGUGGGCCGGACGGCAAUGGGCAAAUUCGUGGCACUGGUACCGAAGCCUUUACAGACUGGGUUCAUGGAGUAGAUUCAACGUCGACCGGUCGUGUUAUAUCCAUGGACACACCUGUUAGCUUUAUGAAUGCCAUCAUGCAAGCCAUUGAAGGCCAAGGAGGCCCUGGUUUCGGUGUCAUCACUCGACCAGAUGGCAUUCAUGUCCAUGUUGACCGACGUGCAUUGAUGACAGGCAAUCAUCUCCAAGGAAUUUUUGAACUGGGACGACCACAGAUCCCCUCUAGCAGAUCUCGGGAUGAUCCAUCGCAGUCGAUCAGCUUUGCUUUAGCAACAACAACUGCUAGGUGGCAAGAGGAAGCCCGUAUCCUCUUCAGCAGUAACCACGUUGAAAAGACUCAGCGUGUCAUCAACUCUCUAUUGCGUGUUCUCGUGCCUCCGGCCAUUGAAGAAGAAAAGAAGCGCCGAGCAGAAGAGGAAGAAGCCCGUAGACGCCGGGAAGAAGCGCGACUCGAGAAGGAGAGAGCUGAUCGUCUCGCUAGAGAAGAAGAAGAACGUGAACAAAGAAGAAAAGAGGCAGAAGAGGCAGCUCGGCGCCAGGAAGAGUUUGCACGGCAAGCUGAACAUGGAGCAUCUAUCGUAGAGGCGGAGGAAGUUGACGAGCCUAUGAACGAUAUCGAUAGUGCAGAGUCGUUAGCUGAAGCUGCUGCUGAAGAAACGGGUCCUACCGAACCAGCACAGCGGGUUUACACCAAUAUUCGUGGUCGUCAGGUGGAGAUCACGGGUAUGGAUAUUGAUCCAGAGUAUUUGGAGGCUUUGCCGGAAGACCUUAGAGAGGAGGUCAUUAUGCAACAACUGGCUGAACAGCGAUCUCAAGCCGUUGCUUCUGGAGAGGAGCCUACAGAUAUCAGCCAGGAAUUCUUAGAAGCUUUGCCACCCGAGAUUAGAGAGGAGAUUCUUCAAGCAGAAGCCGCAGCUCGGCGACGUCGUGAGCGAGAGUCGGCUCGUCGACAAGCUGCUGCUAGCGGAGGCCCUGCUCACGCAGAGGAAAUGGACCCCGCAAGUUUCAUGGCGACUCUUGACCCUUCGCUACGACAGUCUGUGCUUGCAGAUCAGCCAGAUGAGAUCUUAGCUACCCUAGGACCAGAGUUUCUGACAGAAGCCCGUGCACUUCCUGGAAGACGACUUGCACAAUUCGGAGAUGUCGGCCGUGUCGACCAACGGCAUAGGGAUGAAGUACAUGAACAGGAUACCAAGAAGCCUCAGCGGCGUCAAAUAGUGCAAAUUCUCGACAAGGCUGGAGUCGCCACAUUGCUUCGUUUGAUGUUCAUGCCUUUACAAGGUAAUGCGCGCCAUCAAUUACACGACAUCCUUCACAAUGUCUGCGAGAAUCGCCAAAACCGAGUGGAAACAAUCAGCCUUAUUCUUUCCAUUCUCCAAGACGGAAGCAUUGACGCAGCAGCGAUUGAACGGAGCUUCGCUCAUUUGUCGUUACGUGCUAAAAUGCCCUCUGUCCAGAAAACGCCCCAAUCAGCCAAGCGCACACAAGCCCCUCUGGCGUCGAGUGGUGCCAAUAUCGACGUGACGCCUCUUCUGGUUGUGCAACAAUGUCUUGACACGCUCUCUUUUCUGACUCAGUACAACCCUCACAUAUCCUGGUUCUUCCUGACAGAACACGAAUCAGCGUCCAUGCUGAAACUCAGAGCUCUACGCAAAGGCAAAGGAAAGGAGGCCAAGGACAACAGAUACCCCCUCAAUGCACUCCUCUCUCUGCUGGAUAGGGAUAUGAUCAUGGAAAGCCCGAACUGCAUGGAACAACUGGCCCAUCUCCUCAGUACUGUAACCCAGCCCCUGACUAUUCUUCUUCGACGCGAAAAGGAAAAACAAGAAGAUGCCUCCAAGGGUAAGGAACCGCAACGUCCUGAUGAUGAUGAUGAUGAUGAUGAUGAUGCAGAGAACGACUCAGGCCAUGCUGCUGCUGAGACUACAGUUGUACGUGAUACCGACAUGCCCGAAGUUACAGAUGCUGCCGGCACCAAUCCAAGCGAAAACGAAGAGAAGUCGAAGAAGCGUACAAUCGAACCUCCAGUGAUUCCAGAUCACAAUCUACAGCUAGUGGUGGGUAUUCUUGCGGCCCGUGAAUGCAAUGGUAAGACUUUCCGGGAGACGCUCUCGACGAUCAACAAUCUAUCAGCGAUACCCGGUGCAAAGGAUGUAAUCGGCAAAGAGCUCAUCUCUCAAGCACAAACAUUGAGCGAAGCGAUUCUGAUCAACCUUGAUGAGUUACUUCCACACAUCGAACAAGCAAGCUCCGGUACAGAUGUGCAAGGGUUGGCCUUGUCAAAAUUCUCCCCCGCUAGCUCCGAUCAAGCCAAGCUGCUCCGUAUUCUGACAGCCCUUGAUUAUCUAUUUGAUCCCAACCGAGUUGACAAGGUCAAGGGCGCCGAACCAGAGUCCGUACCCAAGGAGGAUGUUCUUAGAACAUUGUACGAAAACUCAACAUUUGGCCCUCUCUGGAACAAGCUCAGUGCCUGUUUGACAAUCAUAAGACAGAAAGAGAACAUGCUCAACGUCGCCACCACUUUGCUUCCGCUAAUCGAGGCUCUCAUGGUUGUUUGUAAGAACACAAGCCUCAAGGAUACACACAUUUCGCGAUUUGGUAGGGAGCAUUCGGUUGCAACGCCUACCUCUGAAACUGGUCCCGGUAUGGAGAAUCUGUUCUUCAAUUUUACCGAAGAACACCGUAAGAUUCUCAAUGAGCUUGUCCGUCAGAACCCACGACUUAUGAGCGGAACAUUCUCUCUGCUUGUCAAGAACCCUAAAGUUCUGGAGUUUGACAACAAGCGAAACUACUUCACCCGUCGUAUUCACUCACGCGGUGCUGAAGUCCGACAACCUCAUCCUCCUCUCCAACUCUCUGUUCGAAGAGAUCAGGUCUUCUUGGACUCCUUCAAGAGCUUGUAUUUCAAGACUGCAGAGGAAGUUAAGUAUGGAAAACUCAACAUUCGUUUCCAUGGCGAGGAGGGUGUCGACGCCGGUGGCGUGACAAGGGAAUGGUUCCAAGUUCUUGCACGUGGCAUGUUCAACCCUAAUUACGCACUCUUUAUUCCAGUUGCGUCUGACCGGACGACGUUCCAUCCAAACCGACUGAGUGGGGUAAACACUGAACACUUGAUGUUCUUCAAGUUUAUUGGCCGCAUCAUCGGCAAGGCUCUCUACGAAGGCCGUGUUCUUGACUGUCACUUUAGUCGGGCUGUGUACAAGAGCAUCCUUGGAAAGUCAGUGUCGAUCAAGGACAUGGAGACGCUAGAUCUGGACUACUACAAAUCUUUGCUAUGGAUGUUGGAGAACGAUAUCACGGAUAUUAUCACUGAGACCUUCGCCAUUGAGACCGACGAUUUCGGCGAGACUCAGGUUAUCGAUCUCAUACCAAAUGGUCGCAACAUUCCCGUGACCCAAGAGAACAAGGAAGAGUACGUGCAGCGAGUGGUUGAAUAUAAACUAGCAGGCUCUGUCAAGGAACAGCUUGAAAAUUUCCUCAAAGGUUUCCAUGAUAUCAUCCCGCCUGAUCUCAUCUCAAUCUUCAAUGAACAGGAGCUCGAGCUACUCAUUUCUGGUCUGCCCGAAAUCGAUGUUGACGACUGGAAGAACAACACAGAGUAUCACAACUACUCUGCCUCGUCGCAACAGAUCCAAUGGUUUUGGCGAGCUGUUCGGUCAUUUGAUAAAGAAGAGCGUGCCAAGUUGCUACAAUUUGUGACUGGUACCAGUAAAGUGCCACUCAAUGGUUUCAAGGAGCUGGAAGGUAUGAAUGGGUUCAGCAGAUUCAAUAUUCAUCGGGACUAUGGCAACAAAGAACGCCUGCCAAGUUCUCAUACAUGUUUCAACCAACUUGAUCUACCCGAGUACGAAAGCUAUGAGGAUCUCCGAUCACGACUCUACAAAGCUAUGACUGCCGGCGGCGAUUACUUUGGCUUUGCUUAA